AAGAGAGAGAGAGAGAGAGAGAGAGAAUUUCUCCCAAAGUUGUUUAUUGUUGUAGGCUUAGAGUGCAGCAAAGUUAGCGGUGUUCAUUUUUAAGGCUUUUAGUGAUAAAAACAAACACAUACACAAAUCCUACACACACAAGUACACACACACACACGUACACACACACUCACAACAAAUAACUGACAAUGAAGAAGAGCUCAACGAUAACGACGACAACGUCGAUGCCGACAAGUCCAACGCUCUCGGCUCAAACUCUUUCGGCCAGCAAAAUGAGCCUGAGCAGCAGCAGAUCUGGUUCGGGUUCAGGAUCGAUAUCGGGCUCGGUGAGAUCCUCCUGCCAAUCGCACGGUCCCAUUCGACCUGGCAGCGGCUGCGUCGAUGCCAUCAAAGCCAAGCGCGAAGAGAUCGAAAUCGAUACCAUACUCGAGAAGGCAAAGUUCUACACCUCCGUGUGCCUUGGUACGACUGCCAUACUGUCAGUGUUCACAUUCCUUUUCCUGAUACCUUUUGUCGUGGAUCCCGCCAUCUCAACAAUAAUCGCAGACUAUGAUCCGGUGCCGGUGACCUGCGUUGUCAUAGAUCACAUCUAUGCGGAGGGCAUAAAGAACUGCAGCUGGAGCUCCUGUCGCGAGGGCUGCACCUCAUCACUCACAAAGUGCCAUCAGUUGUUUGUCAACUAUACGCGCAUUCCAUUCAGCGAAUGGGAGCGAAAUCCUCGAGACUUGGAGAGAGUCAACUGGGAUGUCAGCUAUACAAAGUUUCUCAUCAAUUCCGAGGGAUGCGGUUAUCCGCCCACGACCAAUUGCAGUGUGUUUGCCCGGCAAUAUGGCUUCUCUCAUAUUGGCGAGCCAUUUCCCUGUUAUUACAGUCGCGCCUAUCCGGAGGUUGUCAUUGGUCGCUAUUCGUGGGAGAAUAAUUUAUACCAUCUGGUAUUAUCGCUGAUCAUACCGAAUGUGCUCUUUGCCAUCUCGAUAGGUGUGCUUAGUUAUUGGUAUUGUCCCUGCUGCGAGAAGGCGUGCAAUAAAUCAUCGCGCGUCUAUGCCGAAAAGUUUCCAACCAAGGAAGACAAACUUCUGUGUCACAGUGACGAAGAUGAUGAAAUGGAAUACUAGCAAACAAAUUAGUUAAACGCUCUUAAUAACAACUAGUAAAUUAAUACUGUAGUCUGUACCAAACACACACACACACACAUACACACACGUAUACACAACAUAGCUUAAUAAAUAUACUUAAUAAUAUUUAAAAGCCAUCUGCCAUUACUAUAUAGGACAUGUACUUAUAGCGGAGCAUUGAGAUUGACAAUUUUCCAAUAUACAUAAAGAUAUAAAUUUGUUAAAACUAAUUAUAAUUAUUAUUAUUAAUUAUUACAUCAUUGAGAAUCUGCUUUCAUAUUGUUAUGCUAUUUAUAUACAUCUAUAUAUAUAUAUAGAACUUGAGUUCCAAUGUAAAGCUUAUGUUCUUAUGACUUUCGCUCGCUUUUAACAACAACAACAUAAAAAAAAAACAAGGAAAUCGAUGCUCCGCAAUUUUCCCUAUUAUAUAGAGAGCAUUAUGAAACAAAAUUCCUCGACCUUUCCACACAUAAUACUGAGAAAAAAAUAAUGCUUGUUUUCAAAAAAUUGUGAUAGUAGUCAUAAACAAAAUAUUAAGUAAAGAAAUCAACCAAAAUUAUAUAACUCUAGACAUACAAUUAACGUCGUCUACGGAUCAGAGAUACAUAUAGCUAGAAAACACAUUGGUAUAAUCACUCUGAUCUGUAACACUCGAUAAAAAUCACUUUUGAAAACCAUUGAAAGCAGAACCAAAAAUUUAAAAAACAUAAAAUGAAAUAUAUUGAAAAUAAUAUUCACCCAAAUACAAAAUACACUUUCCGACAUUUUCGAAAUAGUUUUAAAAAUCUUAUGUAAAAAACCAAUGAACAUUUAAUGGAUUAAACAAGUAUAUACAAUAUGUGCAACAUAUAUAUACAUAUAUAUAAAUAUUAUAGCUGUAUAUAUGUAUAUAUAUCGAGUAGAUAUAGCUUAAUAGCAGAACCGAUAUAACGCACGUUGCUUAUGAGAAUUUUUUUAAAUCAUACAAAAAA